AUGCACGGGUCAUCAUCAUCGAGCAGCAAGGGCACGGCAGGAGGCAUGAGCGGCGACGUGAUCCGGCUCAAUGUCAGCGGGUACGUCAUGGCCUUCCCGAGUGACGUGCUGCUGCGCGAUGGGCUGCGGGACAGCUGCCUGGCGGUGCUGCUUCAUCGGUUCGGUGACUGGAUGCACAAGGAUGCCGAGGGGACUCUGUUCGUCGACGCAGAUCCACUCUACUUCAUCUGGUGAGGGACGAGGGGAGCAUGCAGUCAAUGACACUCAUUCACUCAAUCCUUGCUUCGCUGCUGCCUGUCUGUCUGUCUGUGUGUUUGUGUGUGUGUGUGUGUGUGUUUGCCAGGUUGGCUGAGAAGCUGACCCGCUUGAAGCAUGGGUGGGUCGACGAGAUCCAGAUCUUCGACGAGGGGCCGCACAUCACCUUCUACCACGACAUAUUCUUCGCCACGUCGCCCAUCGACAUCGACGGACAGCCCGCGGCGAUGUUCAAGAGCUUCAUGGCCAUGAUGGGCGCCUUCAUCAAGUCGUCCAUAAAGGGCGGCAGGGGAGGGUCGGAGGUGCUGAGUGUGACUGUCGGCGACCGCACAGUGGCGACCACCGACGCCACACUGGCCGACUUCGACACACUCAACGACCGAUUCACCAAGUGAGAAAUAGGGAGCGAAACGAUAUGGAGACGAUCGGGACCCUUCCCUCCAAUAUCACUGAUGCAGGUAUGGCGGUGCUCCCAUCGUCGAUGUGUCUGCACGCCACUUCGAACUGUGAGUCCCACACAUGACCACAUGGAACUAACAGCAACACAUGUAUGUGUGUGUGCUGUUUCUGUGUCCAGUAUCGUUGACUUCGCGCGUCGCUGCCGACUCGCCCCCGAUGGCGCCGCCGUCCCGCCGCCCACGUGUGCCGACCAGGAUGAGCUGCUGCGUGUGAGUGACAUGUACGGCGUCCUCGAGGCCAUGUACCCCAAUAUACUCGCCAACGACGCCAUGCAGACGCUCCUCGGCAUGACGGGGAAGAAAGAACCGAACAGAACCUGCCUCUACAAGUGAGAAAUGGCAAAGCAGGGAGGGCAGCGUGUUAUGCUCUAUGCGUUCGUCGGCAUGUCUGUGUGGUGUGUGUGUCUGUCAGGAGUGCGCUCCACGGCUCGUUGUAUGAGAGCAUGAUGCAGCGCGUGACGGGCCGCAGCGGUCUCCUGUUCGUCAUCAAAUGCGACGAGACCAACACCAUUGCAGCCUUCGUCGACGCACAGCUAUACCUGCCGUCCGACCCCACACCCGAGUUGCACUUUUGGUGCCCCGUGUCGCUGUUUUCGGUGUGUGGCUCGUUUAAGGAGGGCAUCACCAAGAUCGAGCUGCCCCAGGCCGAGCAGUGCGCGUGGGCGGCUGGCACACAUGGGGCGCUGAAGGCCCUGUUUGGUUGGACGCCGUUCGGCAUGCUUUCCAUCGCUGGCGGCCGCUUGUGGAUGGGUCGUGAACUGCGUGGCUCGACUGCUGACCUUCACAGGUGCCGACAGUGGGUGAAGAAGGAGGAGCUGCCGGCCAACAGGAAGUUUGUGGGCAAGACAAUCAACAGCCAGGAAGCGAGCCUCUGUGGUGCUGAAGACUACUACUUCACAGCCGAGCGGUUGGAGGUCUUCCAGGUCAACCAGAGAGCACACAAGGGCGGGCCUGUGGGUAUCAUUACAUCCUUCUCCCCUCUCUGUCCUGUAUGGUGCUGUGCAGGUGUGGAGCGCUGUGCCGGCCGACCCCAUCCUGUCUGAGGCUGACCUGCGAGCACUCGUCGACGCGACCGGCAUGACAGACGCAACACCACAGCUCCUCUACAAGUGAGUGACCAAAAAGAGGGAGCUUGUUUGUGACUCUUCCGUGUGCAUCUGCCUGUCAGGGCUGAGCGUGACGGCUGGGAGCACGAGACCAUGCUCAAGAACGUUGGCGUCGCCACCGACCUCUUGCUGCUGCUCAAAGACCCCGGCGGCCCCAUCAUCGCCACCCACAUCGAGGGCGGUCUCACCCCACCCCCUAACCCCACUGCAGUGGCGAAGAUCUCCUGUGCCGUGUCGCUGUUUUCGGUGUCCGGUGCGUUUGAGGGCGACGGCAUCACCAAGAUCGAGCUGCCCAAGGGGGAGCAGUGCGUGUCGGUGGCUGGCGUGCAAGGGGCGGUCAAGAGUCCGAACGGAGAGGCGGUCGGCAAGGUGUGCAUCGGUGACAUGACAAACGACGCCAGCAGCCGCCUGUGGCUCGGCUUCAGCGAGCGGGGGCGGGCCGGCACCCUUCGUCGCUGUCAUCAGUGGUUGCUGAAGGACUGCCUGCCAGCCGACAAGAAGCAUACCGGGACCAUCUACGCCCAGGACCGCAGCAGCCUGGGGUACAGCAAUCGCUUCACGCUUGCCGAUCUGGAGGUCUACACACUGCACACACCGCAUAGCAGGCAAGUAGAGGGAGGGAGGGAGGAAGUGGGGAGCAGUGGGUGAGCGCCAUCGCCACCAUGCUGCUCCCGCGAUCGAUUUGAUGGCUGUUGCAGCAGGCAGACAGGCAGGCAGGCAGGCAGGGGCUGUUUUGUGUACGUUGAUGAAGUGUUGUCGCUGUUUGUGUUAGUGCAUGGCAUGGCGAGUGGUGCAUUUGAGCGAUCAUGGCGUCACGAUGCCGGGCAUGAUGGCCGGGCACAGUUUUGGAUCGACUCUGCCAUGCACGUACGCCUUCAUUGGUUCUAUGCAUCCAUGCGUCUGUCUGUGGUGCGUAUUGGAUGUUCGUCUGGAUGUCAGUCGAGCGAGACAAAAGACGAAGGCUGGCCGUUGAGCUUGUGAUUUGAACAAAAUUGACAUCA